AGGCAUUCAUUAGUUCCCAACCAUCACUGCUGCGCUCUCGGAAUUUGUAUGAAUGGAGCUAUAGGUUGAAGAGUAGCCCACCGUUGCUCAGAACUGUGGACCAGUAAUGCUUUGGGUUUAAGAUUCAACCUCUACCGUUUUGAUUUAAAGUCAAGGAAGGUAUUUUUCUUCCUGAACUUGUAUCUGUCUACAAAAAAAUAACUUUCCUCAACCACCAGAUAAACUGCGUCGCUGAGAAGUGACCCCCAGUCGCUGGAACACUGAGAUGAACUCGCUUUAAUUUCGACAAAUAGGCUACAUAAACAACUGUGGAUAUUUGUGCGCAAUUUUUAAAAUUGCGUUUAACUCUUUUGCUUUAACUAGUACGCUUGUUCCAGACUGCGAAAACUACUCUAAAGAACAGCGGGGCGCGUCAUUGUGCGGUGUCCAGAGCCAAAACUUAAGCCUACUCAUAGAAACUGAGGGGUUGGAUUCCGAGUUGAUCCUUCUCUUCUCCAAAGGGGUUCUGUUGUACCCAGGAAAUUUUACGUCCGAGAUGCAUUGGAAGAAUAUUGCGCUGCGAGUUUGGACUCUCAUCUUACUCGUAAAGGUCACGCUGGGGGAUACCUGUGCCAGUGGCCGCUUCACAGAUUCGGGGGAUUGCUGUAAGCUGUGCCCAGCAGGGCAUGGCGUGGCAGUGGGAUGCGGGCAUGAAAACACACAGUGCCAAGCUUGCCAGAAGGGACUGACCUUUUCUGCCUCCGAAGGCCUCUCCCCGUGCCGGCCCUGCGCCCGCUGUCCCUUCGGCAUCCCCGAAACGGCGGCCUGCGGCGCGUCCCAGGACACGCGGUGCGACUGCGAGGAGGGCUUCUACCUGUGGCGCGAGGAGAACAGCACGGCCUGCGCCCCCUGCUCCCUCUGCGGGCCGGGCCAGGGCGUGGCGCGGGCCUGCGGUCCCCACGGCGACACCGCCUGCCAGCCCUGCGGCCCGGGCACCUUCACCGAGGAGCGGCGCUCCGCCAAGCCCUGCCAGCGCUGCUCCGCCUGCCAGGAGAACGAGGUGGAGAUCCGGCCCUGCCAGCCCAACUCCAACACGCUCUGCAUGGAGAGGAAGCUGCACAUACUGUCCCGCCCUGCUGAAUCUGACGGCGAAGAGGCUAGCCCUACCCCCCGAGGCCCAAAAUUCACCCCCCCGGAGGAAGGAGGGAACAGCAUCAUCCCGGUCUACGUGUCCUUGCUAGCUGCCGUGGUGCUGGGGCUUCUGUUCUACGUCGCCUACAAGUGCUGGACGUCCUGUAAGCAGAAGCAGGCUUUGGGAAAGGCGCGGGCGGGAGAACUGGGCGUGGCCUCUGAGGGAGAGAAACUGCACAGCGACAGCGGGGUGUUCCUGGACUCUCACAGCCUCGGGGACGGCCAGCCCAGCAAAGGUAGCAAGCGGGACAGCAAGCUGGACGGCCGGCUCUACCUGAACGUGCCCCCGCACAGGCAGCAGGAGGUGGAGAGUCUGCUGAAGGAGGGAGAGGGGCGGGGCUGGAGGCAGCUGGCCGCCCAGCUCGGGUACGAGCAGGAGCGGGCGGACGUGUUCGGGCGAGGCGAGGACCCCGUUCACACCCUGCUGUCCCACUGGGCGGGGCAGGAAGGGUCCACACUGGGCGUGCUCUGCUCCGCCCUGACCAGAAUCGAGCGGGUGGACGUGGUCAGCGUGCUCAUGGCUCCCGCCCAGGGCAGCUCUGUGGUCUGAGCCCCAGAAACCCCCCCACUGCCCCGCCCCCCAGAUUGACAGACUAAGGGCUGGGCCUAUGAGCCUGGCCACAGCUGUGGGGGAGGGGCGCCGGACUGCGCCACUCGAACUUCUGAAAGCAGGAACUAUGCCAGCUAUUAAAAAGGAGCCGUUGACCAUCGGUCCAGUCACUCCAGCAUCACCAGUCUUCAGAAGGCAAUGUAAGAACUCGGGGCAUUCCAUUCAAUCGGAGGCCCCGAUUGGUUGGAGGGAUCCCCUUCGUCUGAGAGACACAUCAGCAAAUACAUCCUUCCUUCAAAGCUAUUCCUUCAUCUACUCAAGCCCAUUGA